AUGGAGAGUUUUCUCAAGAUGCUGCGAAUUACAAAUGCCCCGACUGUGCCAGCCGGCGACGAUGAGAACACAAACGAUGUCGAUGAACCUCCAGACGAUCGAGUUCCAGAGCUCAGAAACAACUUCAAGAAGGAGAACUCAUACAGGUCCAGUGCCAUGCCCAGCAUGAUCCGACGGGAAUCUCUUUUGACACGGGCUAUACAAGCCGAGAAUGGAACGCCGCCACCCUCGACGCGCAUACCUGAAGUCCUUCGAGGUCUAUCUACCACAUCCUCACACAGCUUCGCGAGUACGGCAGAACUAACAAGCGAUGCCGAGAGUCCUAUUCGAUCAGCUUCACCCAGUCCUCCUCCACCAUUACACCGACUUCAGAUCACUACCUCCACGAAACCAGUCGAAAGUGCAAAGGUUGUGAUCGCACCACUUGCGAACGAAGACAAGCCUGUGGUUCUACACAAUGGGGAGGCUGCUGUGGAAAAGUCGCUGGGUCGAAAGCGAUGCAUUAUGUUCGCCUGCAAGGAUACACCCUCCGACUCUCAAGUCGAGGCUGAUUCAAAGCAGAAAUCGGUAGAAACCCCUAAGCAGGAACCGGCGCCAAGGAAGUGUCGGAUCAGUUUUGCGUGUCCGACCCAAUCCAGUACAGAUAUUAAACAGGCUGAGGCCAAGAAAGAUUCAGUUCAAGUUUCUCAGGUCACUUCCCCACAAGUGCCUUUGUUGAGGGUGGAAAGCAAGACCCAGCUUCCAAAGGCCGUUAUGCCAUUACCAUCAAUCACAGUUAAGGACGAACGAAAUCCUCUAUCUCCGGGAGAAAAGCCGUCAUUGUCUCCACAGCAGUCUUUCCACGAAUUUGCUAGUCCACAUGCUGAGAACGAAGAAUGGGUUGAGAAAACUGCGGACGUCGUGAAGCCUAAGCUCACGAUUGAAGACUGUCUGAAGAAAGAGAACGCUAUCCGCAAGCUAGGUGAAGAAGCUGAAGAAGAGGCCGAUGAAGAAGAACGCGAACAAGAUGAGUUAGAGAACGAGGUUGAUGAUGAGGACGAGGUAGAGGAUGAUUUUGCUCCGUCAGACGAUGACACUCCUUCCAACGAUGGAAACGAAUCUGAUGACGAGGAGGGUUUUGCGGAGUCCGACGAUGAGGACGAUGCUGGUUCCGAGUAUCAGUUUUGGGCACCCUUUCCCGCGUCCAACAAAGCUAGCGUCGAUGCGAUGCCGUACUUCUCAGCCCGUCAGAGGUCACGGUCGCGAGCAAGUUCAACUUCUAGCGCACAUUCACUGGCUGCUCCCGAGCCUCCAAGGCGGCCAAUUGGUAUGGCCAGGCCCUCGAAACCGAUCAGGAUGCGACCUGGAACUCCAGAACUGCCUGAUAGCACAGACUUUGUCUGUGGCACUCUCGACGAAGACAGACCACUUGAAGCUGCCUAUAUCUCAUGCCGAGAGCAGAGACGUCGCGAGAAGCAUAUUCCUAUCCCUCAAGACAUUGAUCCUAGCUUUCCUACCACAGAUCCGGAGGACCAAGAAGACGAUGAGGAGGAUGUCGCUGACUCAAGCGAUCACAUGUGGGUGAAGCAUCAAUUCGAGGGCUUCGACGAGGAUGUUCGUGGACGUCGUCCUUCAGCCAUCUUGGUAUCUCCAGUCCACUCACCUGUACACGCUGUUGCUCCUCCACGUCCUGCCCGACCUGCCAAUAUCUCACGACCUACUCUGCGCUCCCCACCACCAAAGCAGAAGUUGAGUCGAUCACCAGCACCUCGUCGUCUGUUCGACCAAACUCACAGACGCAUGCGAUCGCCUCCACCGACAGGGCGACUACAUUCACCUCGUGGUUCGCCAACAAACUUCAAGCCGGCACCUUUCGGCAUCACUAUCAACCAUCUGGCUCAGCGACCAAAUGCGGAUAAGACUUCGUCACUACCUCAUACUCCUAAUCCCUUCUUCCGGAACUGGAGGAAUGUCCAACAACCUUUCUCUCGCAUUCCCAUGGCUGCCGUCCCUGCUGGCGACGAGACUUCCAAUGACCUUCAUGUUCGUGGGCCCGUGGACAUUGUAAUAGGCCUCGAAAAGAAGCGUCAAAAACGCAAAGAAAAGUACUGGCGUCAACACUGUCGAAAAGCUGCCAAGGAGCAAGCAGUAAAGCGACCGCCUCCAGGUCGAGGAGUCGAGAGAAUGAAGGAGCUAGGCCUCGAAUGCGCUGAACGAAGUCGUGGUUAUGGUCUCGGUCAACCAGCUCAGCUUGUACUUUCUUUGUGA